GUGGUAGGCGUGUGGUUUCACAGCUCCAGAUCGGACAGAGAGCCCCGGACUUCCUGCUUGCUGCUUCUUACAAAGCUCAGCUCAGACGUUUCAUUUGAAAUCUCGCUGACAGCCGACGAAGCAGCAACUUAAAGACCCUCCACCUUAUCUGCAGUCCACCCGGCAGUGGAAACAUGUACGUCUGUUAUAUCCUGGAUGGGAUUCUCAUCCUCUACGGCAUCAUUCUCACCGUCUUAUACUGCAGACUCAGGAUUCAUCAAACCAGCAAAGCGCCUGAAAAUAACCAAGAGAAGCAGCCCGCUGAGGGAGGCAUCUAUGCGGUGAGACUUCUCAUUGUAAAGCUUAAAAAGACUUUUAAAAUGGCACAUGAUGGAAAAGUGACGGCUUACCGCAAGGCGGACGGGUCUGAGCUCCCACACUACUGAUACCUACGAGACCAUCAAAAUGGACAAGAAGCCGAUCGUGUGAUGAAGGAGGAUUUGGCACGGACAAAGAUGAACGUGAAGCUUUAUACUGUAAAUGAAUUAGUGUUGUAUUGUAGCGGGCCUGUGCAUCCCUUUUCUCCCUUUUUGUUGUAAAAAUACUUACUAACAUUUAUGUCUUAUGUCUAAACUACACAUUUAAUUUAACAAUUUACUAAUUAAAAAACCAAGUCAGUGUUUCUUCACUGCACGUCGCUCUGUGUUUCACAGCUGCUUUUACGCAAUAGACCAGAAAACAGAAGUUUAAUCUUAUCUUCUGUUUCUGUUUCAUGAGUUCUUUUUUUAAGAUAUACAUACGGACAGCAACUUACUAUUAUUCCCAUUAUAGAUUCAUCUGCCGAUUAUUUUUCCCAAUUUAUCAAUUAGUCUUUUGGUCUUAAACCAAAUGCCUGCUAUAAUUGUCUUAUACUCAAAGUGACGUCUUCAAAUGUCUUGUUUUACACUUCUAUAAAAAAACAGAAAAAAGCAGCAAAGUUCAUGUUUGUGCUUGAAAAAUGGCAGAUGAUUAAUCUAUUGUCAAAAUAGUUGCAGACUCUCUUGAAUUGACUGUAUAUAGUGGUUUUUAGGGUGUUAAACUGCUGAUAAGUAUUAGUGAAAAUAAAAAUAAACUAUUGUGUAUACUUAAUUUCAUGAUGAAAAGUUAAUAAGAUUUAAUUUUGUUUUAAGUUUGGAUCUGAAGCACGGGGCUGGCCCUCCGAUUGUAAUAUUUACAACAUUAAUUUCAACAUGUUUUACGUCUAUUUUGAAAUCAUUUUAUUACCAAAUGACUAAAACAGCUGCUUUUAACUUUCUGUGAUUCUACAUGUGUGCAAUCCAGUUUGUAAAAGUACAUGUUUUCAUUUUUAUGAGAAAAUCUGGCAGUAAAAUCAUCUUCAAAACUAGCAGUAAGAUUUUUUAGAUACUGUUUGAAGUUUGAACAUAAAUGAACAUCUUUACGUGUCUCAUUAAUGUUGAUUUAUGGUAGAAAUAUAACAGCUUUGGCAGCAGAGGGCAAUCACAUGCUGUCACUGUGUUGUCUGUCUCAUUGUACCUGUAUGAUGGUCAGUGCUCACUCAAACUCUCUCCUACUUAUUUACAUAGAAACAGAGCUGGAAAUGUAUCCAAAACAGAGUUAUAUUAGCCUGUGUGGUCUGGCUGCGUACUGUUUUACCUCCAGGCUUUUAACAACAGCAGAAACAACUCAUAAUUGUCUGUUGCAUCAUACUCACCUCAACCUGUGAAACAAAAGGAGUCUGUAAUACUCAGUUUUUGAGUAGAUGAUGGUGAAAUUGGUAUUUAUUAGUAUAUAUACAUACCUAUUUUUGGCUUAUUGUUCAUAAUAUCAUGAUAAAUAACUAUUGAUUUUUAUUGAACAUGUCAGAUGUGACUUUUUUCUUGCACUAUAACAAUAAAUAUAUUCUUAUAAAUCUUU